ACAGAAAACGUUUAGAGCGACGACCGGAAGAAGAAGGUGAAGCGCUUCCGGCCUCCACUGGUUCUCCAAAGAUGGCGGACAUGUGUGGCCAAGUUCUUUUGGGAUCAGGACUCACCGUCCUCUCCCAUCCCCUCAUGUACAUCAAAGUCCUCAUUCAGGUAGGACACGAGCCACUCGCUCCAACCCUGGGCAGGAAUCUGUUUGGCAGACAGGUGUACCAGUUGCCAGGAUUGUUUGCUUAUGCCAAACACAUCGUCAAAAUUGACGGGAAAGUAGGUCUGUUCAAAGGACUUGGUCCCCGGCUCUGUGCCGGCACUAUUGGCACACUGGUGCACAGCCAAGUUUUGCAGAAAUGUCAGGAACAAAAAGUACCUCAGGUACUGAGCAGCCAAUCAAAAGACGUGGAAGGCUCCCUACAGCACGUUGUUAAUGAGACAACUAAAGAAAUGAUUGCUCGAUCCUGUGCCACGAUCGUCACACAUCCCUUUCACGUGAUCACCCUGCGGUGUAUGGUCCAGUUUAUAGGAAGGGAAGCAAAAUACAGUGGUGUGUUUGACUCCAUCUGCACAGUGUACAGAGAAGAAGGCAUUUUAGGAUUCUUUGCUGGUUUGAUUCCUCGCCUCCUCGGUGAUGUGCUGUCACUGUGGAUCUGUAACCUGCUGGCCCACCUCAUCAAUACGUACGCCAUCGACGACUCGAUGAGUCACACAGGUGAAAUGAAGAACUGCUCUCAGGCCGUGACAGGGUUCUUUGCCAGUAUGCUCACGUACCCCUUUGUCCUGGUGUCAAACCUCAUGGCUGUCAAUAACUGCGGCCUGGCUGGAGGUCUGCCCCCCUAUGCAUCAGUAUACCCCACCUGGGUGGACUGCUGGAGGCAUCUAAGCAAAGAGGGUAACAUGAGCAGAGGCAACAGUUUAUUCUUCCGGAAGCUUCCAGCAGGAAAGAUGUACGCCAUUGAGCAGAAGAGAUUUUUUUGAAGUGAGCGGCGAGAGAACUGAGCUGUGACAGUAAAAUCUGCUUUGCCUGAACUCAGAGUGGGACAGUACGCACGUAAACCUUUUGGUAUGCACUUGUUGAGUUCUUCUCCCCAGACCAACCAGCCAUCAUUUGAAAAAAAAAAGAAAAAAAAAAAGAAAACGAUUAUGUCUCCAAUUUUCUUUGUACUCUACGACUUGUUUAAGUCAAAAUAUACUAAGAUUUUAAUGAUGGAAAUCCAGAAACGCAGAAUUCUGCAGCUAAUUGUUGGUAUCAUCUUUUGACAGAGCCCUCUUGUGGUAAUGUACGUAUAUUACCACAGAAUUAUAAGGAAUUAUGAAGUCUUUAUUAAUGUGAUGGGAACUGUUUGUGUGAAAAAGCUCUUAUGUCUGCAUGUGGUAAUGUCUACUAAUUAAGAAAAAUAAUGACCAACGGUGGUAACGUGUUGAUUUAUUGUAACGCUAACGAGUAGGUGGCGAUGUGUGUACGUUGAGGGCGGAGCCUCGGCUGACCAAAUCUGACUCUCUCCAUGCUUGAGGUCGAAAUCAGCUCAUUCUGACUGACCCCAAUAAAAUCUUCUUUUUUGAA